AUGGGCGCGUGCAACUCGUGCGAGGCCACGGCGGUGGCGGCGGUCACCGGGAGCGCGGCGGUGGGGGAGGCGACGGCGGCGAGGGUGGUGCUCGCGGAUGGCGAGCUGCAGCGGUUCCCCGGGGGCACCCUGGCGUCGCAUGCGCUCAAGGCGGCCGCCUCCGCCGCCGCCUCGGGCGGCGCGGGCGCGUGCUUCCUGUGCAGCGCCGACGGGCUCGAGCUCGGCGGCGCGGUGGCGGCGCUGGCGCACGACGAGGAGCUGCAGACCGGGCAGCUCUACUUCGUGCUCCCCGCGGCGAUGCGGCGGCGGCCGCUGCAGGCGGAGGAGAUGGCCGCGCUCGCCAUCCGCGCCAGCGCCGCGCUGGCGGGCGACCACGACGGCCCGCUCGUCUUCCCGGAUUCGGCAACAGGAGUCGGCGCUGCGAGGAGCGCUGUCAAGGGGUCCCGGCGGCGCUCGCGCAGGACACCUAGCCUGGGGAGGGACUUCGUGACAGACCUCGGCGCCAUUGCCGAGUAG